GCUGAUUUAAUCGUGUGACUGACUGUUGACAUCGACGCGAACUGAUCAACUCCAACGAAAGUACCCUUUAAAUGUACGAAUGACGGUCGUAUAAAGUUUAUUCCACUAGAAUCUGCCAUCAAACAUUUCAAAGGAACUAAAACCUGGAAAGCGUGUAUCACACAAAUGGCUUCUUUGCUUUUUUGCGGUCCGAAACUGGCAGCGUGUGGACUUGUGCUGAGCAUCUGGGGUGUCGUUAUGCUGGCAAUGCUGGGAAUUUUCUUCACCACACAUUCAGCUGUGCUCAUAGAGGAUGUGCCUUUUACAGAAGAAGACAUGCACAACGAGCAAUCACCCCUGCAGGGCAUUUAUGAUCUCUACAAUAAAGUUGGAUACAACUGCUUCAUCGCAGCAGCGAUCUAUGUGGCUAUAGGAUUACUGUCAUUUUGUCAAGUUCGCCUGAACAAGCGCAAGGAAUAUCUGGUGCAUUAGCACCACCUAGAGAUGCACCCUGCUUGGAUUGUCUUUUGUUUGUGUGUAAUGCUGUGUUCAUCUUAAAAUGAGGAUGUGGAUAUUUAAUAUGCUAUAUGGCUUGAUGUAUGUUACCGUACCCUUUUCUUUGAAAUGUUAGAUGUGAGAUCUGGAUGAUUAACUUGUGCUUCACUAAUAUGCCUUUAAAGUGCCUCUUGAUCUGUGGCUUGGAAAAUAUAAAAAUCCCCAAAUCUCUACUACAAACACUGUUUUUAAUUGAUUUUAGGUAGUUGUUAUUUAUACCGCUACACUUGCAUAUUGAAUGGAAUUUGAAAUGAUUAUGCUGGCUCGGUUUUCUCAAUAAAUGGGUCAGGAUACACUUCUCAA